ACUUGACGUUUUAAGGCCCCAGGCCCAAGCACAACGCAGCUCACGUUUUGAGCUCGUGUGUUUAACUGUUUACGCCGCGCAAAAUUCUCGCAAAAGAAAGCAGCGGUGUGUCAGUGUCUGCAGUGGUUCUUAUCUGCAGCUCUUUUUGCCGCCCGAUAAUGCGCGUUGCCGCCUCCCAGCUUCCCCUCCCCACCACCACCCCAGCCCGCCGGCGACGGCGAGCCUCGGCGCCGCCCACCGCCGCGCCGCGGCCACCCCCGAGAGCGCUCGCCGCCAUACUGCGCUCGCGCGUCAUCGCGUGCCUCCGCGCGCAAGACAGCGAGACGGCGUUGCAGGCGGCUCACGCGGCUGUCCACGGCGGCAUUACCGUGUUUGUGACAUUGAAUAAUCCUUGGAGCGGAGGCUGUGUGUUUAUUAACACUACAUUCAAGUUGGAGGUUGUCAUGACGACUCCGGGAGUGCUCGAGGUUAUUGAAGAUCUUUGCAGGAGUUAUCCUUCUUUAACAUUCGGGGUUGGCACGGUCUUAAAUGCUGCUGAUGCAAGGAAAGCUAUUUGCGCUGGUGCACAAUUUCUUAUGAGUCCUGGCACAGUCCUGGACAUACUUCAUGAUCUUAAAGAAAGUAAUGUUCUUUAUAUUCCAGGAGUGCUGACAUCAACUGAAGUUUUAUCCGCUUGCAGUGCUGGUGCAAAAGUUGUCAAGGUGUACCCAGUUUCAGUCAUGGGUGGGGAGAUGUACAUGUCAGCUCUGAAGAAACCAUUUCCUCUUGUACCAAUGGUUGCUUCUCAAGGAAUUAAAAUCGGUUCAAUCAAGGGAUAUAUGGAAGCAGGGGCAUCUGCAGUGGUCUUAUCUGAUGCUAUUUUUGACAGUCAAUUGAUGAGGGAUGGGAAAUUCAAUGAAAUUUCGGAACUUGCAAAUCUAGCAACUUUAGAGGCAUUGCAGUUCACGAAAUGAGACAAAUCUACAAUCAUAACAGAUUUGCGUCCAGAAUAUGUGGCCUUCUGUUCUGUGGAAGGAGUCAAUUCACCUCCUGGUAACUACAUGCUACUUCUGUGUAAAGAGUCAGUUCACCUCCUAAAUAAAGCUGUAGGAGCUCUGGUGUUCUAUGCACCUGCAAGAGGCUGAGACUGCAACAAAUUUGUGUGCUCCGAAGUCUGAACAGGGACCUGAUCAUUGAGGAUGCCGUGAUGCUAAGAAGCCAACCAUACAUUUAGGUGCCGUGUAAUGGAAUCACCACAACUCGCAAGAGAACAGAGGUGAAUGGAAGAGAGAUUGCUGGUUUGCUUGUGCUUUGACUGACCUAGUAGAUGUUAACGCAGGUUCAUAGGAGUGUACUAGUAGUGCAUCUCUGAAGACCGUUAUACUUCUAGGCAAGGUCAUGGACUUUGUGUGUUUAAAAAAAAGGUCAUGGACUUUGUGUCGAUCAAAUGAUCAAUGUGCUUGAACAGGUGUUGUCUGUUUUUACCCGGGAAUUCUGCAUGAAAUGAGUUGGUGCUAUGUAUCAA